CCCUGCCCCGGGAGGAUGCUACGCGGCGGUGGGACUGGGCGCCCGGGGCUAGCACUGUGCGCGAUGGGCAGGGCCCCGCCUGCAGUGCAGUUUGGGCGGACGCGCUGUGGUUUGGUUACCCCGGCCGGGGCGCUGCGGCCGCGGGCUGGCUUGUCCUGGCCUCAGCGGGGAAGGAAAGUGGCUUGUGUGGGGGUGCUUGAUUUACCCAGGGAAGGGAAGCGAGUGAGUGUGGAAAUGCCCUGAAAAGAACAACAUCGGGAGGGGUUAAGGAGGCAGCAUGUAUGAGACCGGCUGGGAUCAUCCUGUUCCCUUAAGAGCGGUAUUGCUGCAAUGGGGAAGCGUAGGGAUUAUCACAGUUACACUUGGGACCAGCCUAAGCAUCCUUUAGAAAGCCAGUGUACAAGCGUUUUGACGCUACAGUUUUGUUUGUGCAGACACCUUGACAGUUCUCCCAGAUAAAUGUCUUUCCGUAUAGAGUAUAAGCAGUGACUGAAAAUGACAAGACAGCUUCCAGUGUCUUCAGCGUACUUGGAAUUUUAGCUAUUCUUUGUGAUUAUUCCCUAAAAAAUUUCCACUGCUUGCAUCCGAAGAAAUUUGGGAGAUAAAAUUCAUGCUCCUGAAGUAACUAGAGGUUCUCAGCUGCAGAGAUGUUGGAGGAGGAUAUGGAAGUGGCCAUCAAGGUGGUGGUGGUAGGAAAUGGAGCAGUUGGGAAGUCCAGUAUGAUUCAGAGAUAUUGCAAAGGAAUUUUUACAAAAGACUACAAGAAAACUAUUGGAGUAGAUUUCUUGGAGAGACAAAUUCAAGUUAAUGAUGAAGAUGUCAGGCUGAUGUUGUGGGACACAGCAGGUCAAGAGGAGUUUGAUGCAAUAACUAAGGCCUAUUAUAGAGGAGCCCAGGCUUGUGUGCUUGUAUUUUCUACCACUGACAGGGAUUCUUUUGAAACAAUCCCUACCUGGAAGGAGAAAGUCGUGGCUGAAGUUGGAGACAUCCCCACGGUGCUUGUGCAGAAUAAGAUUGACCUCCUGGAUGAUUCUUGUAUAAAGAAUGAAGAGGCAGAAGCAUUGGCAAAAAAGUUGAAGUUAAGAUUCUACCGAGCAUCAGUGAAAGAGGACCUAAAUGUAACUGAAGUUUUUAAAUAUUUGGCUGAAAAAUAUCUUCAAAGGCUCAAACAACAAACAGCUGAAGAUCCAGAUGUAGUACAUACUAGUAGUAACAAAAUUGGUGUUUUUAAUACAGCUGGUGGAAGUCAUUCGGGCCACAAUUCUAGCACACUUAAUGGUGGAGAUGUCAUCAACCUUAGACCAAACAAACAGAGGACCAAGAAAAACAGAAGUCCUUUUAGCAGUUGCAACAUACCUUAGAACCACUUUCGAAAGGAAAAAGAAUGACAGUCAUUUGGAUGAAGUUGUGCAAUUAAAUACGGAAUACAGCCAGCUAUAGAGGUAUUUUACCAGUGCUCUAGCAAACCUUGCACCUACAGGAUCUUUGAUAGAUGGUGGAUUUAAAUAAUAUUGCUGUUGCAAUAUUUAUUUUGUAUGUAAAGCGAGACCCCGGUGGCAAAAAAAAAAAAAAAAAAUAGAACCAUUAUUGUCCCUAUGCGUUUUUUUUGUUUGUUUUUUUUAAAAUUGGAUGAGCUUUUCCUCUUUGAAGGAAUGAUGUACAAAGCUAUGUAAUAGGUUUGGCUGAAUGGUUAAGCAUAUUAAAAAGGUAAGCAUAGUGCUUACAAGUAUUGGUACAUAAUAAUAUGACCCAAGGUGAAGUUGCUUCCUUCCAAUUACAUUUACCUGCAAAUUUGAUAGAAGAGUGGUAUUCAACCAGGACUCUGAAAAGUAAAAUGAGAAGGAAAAGGCAGACAUCAUAUUUGUCAGAUUACACUAAUACAUAUUCUGGCAAUUUUAUUGGUGCAAUAAGUUUGUAUAUUAUAUGAAUGUUAAGUAAGGCAUGCACGUAGAUAUUUGUUACAAGUACUCAGACUACACGAGAGGAUACAGUAUUGGAUUACAAUAGCAUCCUUAAAUUUUUUUUCACUUCUUAAAAUUUUGCAUUUCAAACUAGGCUUUCCAAAGGAGUUCUGUUCAUUAAUUAACUCACUACACUUUUUGGGCCUUAAAGCUUAUGUUUAAAAAGAGAUGUGCCAAAAACAUUUUUUCCUUUUUAUUUUGUAAUGCACUACAGAUAUUUUUGUAAAGUUUGUUUGUGUCAGUCAUCAUAACAGGGUAAACAAGUAGUAUUGUUUCUGAUACUAUCAGUCAGCUAAAUGGAACCCAUACAUUUUCAAUUGUAUUCCUGUCCAAAAAUAUAUUGCUGACAUCUAAUAUGGUCAUGUAGCAUGAACUAUGAAAAGUAUGUUGAAUUUGCAGAGUGGGAUGUCAACAAAAUGUCAUAAGUCCUAUUGAGAAAUUCCACGGUAGUUGUAAACUGUGUUCUGGAGGAUCCAACAAGUUGUAGAUGAAGACUAAAUCACACAUUAAACUAAUGAGACCCUCUUUAAUGCUCUCUCAUAUUCAGAGUUAUGCUGCUGGUUAAAAACCUAAUUCUGCAAUAUCAGACCUAAGGGGUAAAGUUUUCAGAAGUGACUUAGGGCUUGCCUACAUGGUACACCAAUACGCAUUAGAGGGGUGUGAUUCCAUAUGACCCAUAUUCCUGCUAGCAUGAACUAAAAGUUCCCUAUUGCACAUUAACAUAGACAUGCAGUAGGGAACUUCUAGUUCAUGCCAGCAGGGUUUUCAUGCGCAAGUUAGUGCACAACACACUGUUGCACUUUGGAAAUGACAUCACUCUAGUGUGCAUUGCCACACUAUGUGGACAUUCACGCAUCUAAGUCUAACUGAAAGUCAAUAGAACUUGUGCUUCUAAAUCACUAAGGUGCUUUUGAAAAUUUCACCCAGCUCUCUCAGAGCAUGCAUUUUAAAAAUAUCAUUGUUUGUUUUUGUAUGGUGUCGUAUAAUUUUAAUUUUCUAGGAUUUUCUAUAACAAAGCACUGCCAGGAACAAAUGCAAAAAUAUUCUGCUUUAAGGUAUUCAGAAUUUUAAUAGUUUUUAAAGGGAUGCAUUAGAGUGAAAAUUACAUGACCUGGAGCUGUAAGUAUUCAAUAUAGAUUGCUACACAAUUCUUAUUGAUAACGGAUUUUCAUUAUACCUUAAUGGGUUGGUUUAAUAGUUAUACUUUCAGUUUAGUUUCUUUCAUAAUUUUUCUACUUUUUCCCCAAUACCAUGGGAGAAUUUCUUGUCAAGUAAACAUAUAAUGCAGUAAGUCUGCACUCUUGUUAGUACAUGUUGGAGGAGGGACUUACCUUUUCAUUAAUUCAUAUAAUCAUAAUUUGUUAAUUUCUGAGACCUGAAGCAUGAAAACUGAAAUGUACUCUUGGUUCACCAGUCCCACAUGUUGGUAAACUGUGUGCGUGGUGAUACUUACAACACUAAAUAAUCUGAAGUGCUGUGUUGUAUGUUAAUAUAUUUCCUGUGAAGUAUCUCGUUUCUGUAACAAGCUGUUGCUGCAUCUCCCAUUGCUGGCAAUGAGAUGGGCAUCGAGGCUCUCAAUCCUCUCUUCUAUUAUUAAAAAAAAAUGGUUCUUAUUGAAGUGUUUCUUACAUACUCUGUUAGAUAAAGGCCUUUAUUUUUUAAAAGUGCAUUUAAUCAUUGUAUGGAUGUAUAAAUGGGGCCAAAUCUUACCUCUUGUCAAUUUCAUGAGUAAGAUAGCAGGAUUUGGUAAGAAAGAGAAUCAAUCUCAUACAUAAUGAGACAUCUCAACAUUUCAGGAAUUAAGUAGAGUGUAUAUUUGUGCAGAAUUUUGUCAAACUUUUUUAAUGUUGAAACUUUUACAUUAUUCCAGUAGCCUGCCAGUUUUACGUUUUUUAAAAAAGCAGGACUGUCUAUAACUUCAGUUUUUGCCUUAUUUAAUUUUGUACAAAGUACUGAAGAAUAAGAGCCUUUAUUACACAUAAUUGCCAUUUGUACUGCUAUGUUUUUCUGUCAUUAUAAACCACUUUUUUCAGGAUUGGAAACUUGACAAAAGCAUCUAUACCAGCUGAAACUUGUCAGAAUUACCAAAUCUGAGGGAAGUUUAAAUGUAUUACAAUGAGACUACUUGCAUGCUUAAAGUUAAGCACAUCUGUAAGUGGUUGAAGAGUCAGGUAGUAAGUAGUGUGGUUAUCCUCCUUCCCACCUCUCACUCUAAGGUGGCUCUUCUUUUAAUGUUUUAACUUUGUGGACAGUCAGUUUCCAAUAUGGCGGGAAGAGAUGAAGAAU